UGUAAACCAAUGGCAUUACGGAACUCACCAUCCUGUACCACGAGUUUUAUUUUCACCGGCGACCUCAAUGUAAAAAGGGCAAAAGCCCCUGGGGACGAGGUUGCUGCUAUACGUCUCUCGUACGCGUUUCUUCCGACCUUUUAUAACCUACGGCCCUGACCCUGAGGUCGAAGUUCGACUGAGUCUAUUGUUCAGUCUUCUUUGAUCGACUUUGUCUUCCCACUUUCACUUUCACUACAAAGAGUUGGUUUGGGUAAAAAACUUGAUGUCAACAAGUAAACGUAAUGUGGAAUUUUUUUUGAAAAUCUUGUAAAAUGACGGAAUUGGAGCGUAAUGUUAGAAGUAUACUUAAUAAACUUACACGUCAAAAGUUUAAAACUUUGGUUGCUAAAAUGUUGGAAUUAAACAUAGAUAAUGAAAAGAAAUUACAAUCAGCUGUAGAUUUGAUAUUUGAAAUUGCUGUCAGUGUACCUCUCUACGCCGUUGCCUAUGCCAACAUGUGCAGAGUUCUUACAGAUAAUUAUAAAUUUUCUGCUACAAAUACAGCCGAAAAAACGUCGACAUGUACAGUUACGUUUAGAAAGCUUUUACUAAAUAAAUGUCAAAAGGAAUUUGAAAAAGAGAGUUCAGAUAAAAAAUUGUUGGAGGAAGAUGGGCUUAAAAAGUUUGAAACAGAAGAAGAGAAAAAGGCAUGGGAAGAAGAACUUAAUUAUAGAGAAAUGAUGAACAGAAGAAGAAUGCUUAGAAAUAUCCGUUUCAUAGGUGAACUAUUUAAAUUAAAGAUGAUUUCGGAAAAUAUCAUGCAUGAUUGUAUUUUAAAACUGCUGCGAGCCAAAAAGCAAGACUCUUUAGAAGACCAACUGGAAUGCUUAUGCAAACUUUUGUCAACAAUAGGAAAAGACCUCGAUCAUGCAAAAGCUAAGCCAAGAAUGGACCAGUACUUUGUUCAAAUUAACAAAAUAAUAGAGAAAAAGAAAAUAUCCUCUCGCAUAAAAUUUGCCCUGCAAGAUGUAAUGGAUCUCAGAGUGAGAGAUUGGGUGCCAAGACGCGAUGAAGGAAACCCCAAAACCAUUGAUCAAAUUCAUAGGGAGGCUAUACAAAAGGAGAAAAAAGAGGAAAUGGCUCGUCAGCAAGACAAAUUGCAACGAAAACUAGAACCAAGAGGCGGGAGAGGUGGACGAGGUAGUCCAAAUGUACGAUCAGGUGGCCCAAGUAGUGAUGGGUGGACAAAUGUUGCUGGUAAAUCAAAUCGUAGUACAACACCAAUUGUUGCUAGUAAAUUUAAAUUGACAAAGAAAGUUACAGAUUCAAAUGAGAUUUCGCUUGGACCAGGUGGUGGUAAACCUGGAGCAUGGUCAAGAAAAGUUUGUGUUAAUGUGCCAUCACGCAGAAGAACUUCAACAAGUGGUUGUGAGCGAAUGAGCAAUGACGAUGGCAGUAGUUCUGCUUUACAACCAGUUAAAUAUAUGACUGGUCCAUCUGAAGAUACAUACAGUGCACCUUCGUCAGGUGCUCAGACUCUGGUUGAAAAAUCUCAAUCGCCAGUUGCAUUGAUUACAGAAGAAAAGAUGAGAAAAACUACUAAAUCAACUGUGGAAGAAUAUUUGAGUUGUGGAGAUGUAAAGGAAGCUCUGUUGUGUAUAAAAAAAUUGAGUUGUCCGUCAAUGCAUCAUGUAUUUGUUGAAGAGAGCAUUUGCGUUGUCCUUGAGAAAAAAACCGAACAUCGUCGUCUUGUAGGCACGUUGCUGCAUUAUUUUAUUAAGGAGCAGUUAUUUAGCACAGAAGAUAUGUGUCAAGGGUUUGCGUCCGUGGUUAAACUAGCACAAGAUUUGGCAUGCGAUGUGCCUUUUAUAUACAAAUAUUUUGGUGAAGUUCUCGGACCGGUCGUCUAUGAUGGAACCCUACCUUUAAAGAAAGUAAAAGACACGCUAGAACCACUCGUUCAACAAAGUAAAGCAGAACUUGUAGUGGAUGAAACGUUGUCUGUGGCUGUGGAACUUGCUGGGAUCUGCCACGAGUGUUGUUUAAAGAUCUGUAUCAUGUGGAAGUGAUAUCUGAAAAAGCCUAUUACCAUUGGGAGAAGAGUAAAGAUUUUCCAGGCAGCAGAGGAGUUACGCUUAGCACUAUGGUUAAAGAAAUAAGAGGAGGAACAGAAUGAAGAAGAGGUCAGCAAAACGCCGACGAUAAACGUUGCAUAAAUAAAUUUAGUGGCUUAAGGUUAAAAUUUUUACAGUAAAAUAUUUUGGAUAGCUUCUACGUGUCAUUAGCGCUUUUUUUUCUGGAUUUACAAAUUUACAUAUAAUUUUUAUUUUUUGUUUUCAAGUAUGCAAAUGCUUUACAGCCGUUUGGUUCGCGUUUUAUUUUCUUUUUUAUUAAUACACGCAUAUGUCUGUCUGUCUGUCUGUCUGUCUGUCUGUCUGUCUGUCUGUCUGUCUGUCUGUCUGUCUGUCUGUCUGUCUGUCUGUCUGUCUGUCUGUCUGUCUGUCUGUCUGUCUGUCUGUCUGUCACGCAAAAUGGUAGCAUAGCUGCGCAAGUAGCGAGACGCACGCGAUGCGGUAUAAAAAAGGACGGGCGAACCCGUGGAUUUUUCCACGGGAUACCGACUAGUUAUUACAAGCUCGUGAGCUUGUAUUAAAACGCAAAUGUGUCCUACAAGAAUGGAAAUUUUUGCCUCUCUGAGCACCGACACGGGAGUCGUCGUGUGUUCGAAUCUCAUCUUGGUAACUAUUUUUACUUUUUUUUUCUUUUUUUUUUUUUAAAAAAGAUAAGACAAGUGUUCAAAACACUUGUUUAACUAACUAGUAAAUAAAGGUGUUUCCACCAAACUUUUUAAAAGUGAAUGUAGGCAGAAUUAACUGAAUUAAUGAAUUUCGCAAAUUUUGGGGUUUGUGGGUUUGUGGUCUUUCUUCUUCCUGUCAGUCGGUUCAGCCAAGACGGACCCAUCGAAAAUUAAAAGUUCGAGGAAUUUUCCGUUCAGGAAGGUCUCACAAAUCAAUUUUGAAAAAUAAGUGUGUAACAAAUAUUAUUGCGUAUCUGAAUAGUAAAAUAUGUCGUGUCUAACUUGUAACAAAAAUCCCAAUUUGAUAGACAGCUUUUUGUAAACUUUAUUCGCGAGGUUGUUUGCGUAUAUCAUACGUCUUGUUGCAAUUACUUUAGACCCCACUCCCUUUAUGUAAAUUUUUAUGUGAAACAGUUUUCAAUGUGUUUUUGUACGUGUCCUCGUGCUGUGUUAUUUAUUGUGUCUGUUUCGUGAAAUAUUCCAGCGUUUUGGUCGACAGACAAAAAAAAAACAAAAAAAAUAUCAUGCUACAUAAUUGUCUAACUAAACGUGAUACUUUUUUGUAAAAUAAUUUAUGUGGAAGAGUAGUGGAUCGGUUAUUUAAGCGAUCUGCUUGAAAGCCUUUUUUGCGAUACUGCGCAUUUGUAGAUUUCGGUAACGUAAAAAAAAAAAAAAAAUUCAACCGUUUAGAUUCAAGCGGAAAGUCUCCAUUAUUGUAUUUUAAAUAUAGAUUAUAUUGUAUUUUUUAUGAGAAAAUACAGAAAAUAUGGUUUGGCCAACAAUUCAAUUUCUUUUGUUAA